UGCGGUUUUUCGCAAAAUACAAGUUACAAGGCCUUCGCAAUAUCGCCUAGAUCCGAUAACGUUAUCUUGACAGCUCGUGAUGGAUGGCAGUUUGCAUCGUAAAUUAAACCCGGUUGGCUAAUUUCAGUCACGUGGUGUACAGAUAUGUAAAACUGGGGGCGGGACUUAACCACCAGCGUUUACGUUAUAGUGUGAAUAGACCAGAACUCGUUUAUUUACAACCAAAUCUACGAUUAUUAAUGAUCAUGAGUUCUUUUUUAAUGAACCCGGCUUCUUAUACAGAGCCGAAGUUUCCACCUAGUGAGGAUUAUUCUCAGUCGAAUUAUAUGCCGCCUCAAAAUUCGGACUAUUAUCGACAUAAUAUUCAUAAUUUCGGAUACGGGCCGGCGGAUUAUAGACGGUAUGAUAUAGAGGAGAAAUUUUCACCUAACAGUGUAUAUAACGCAACGAGUGUUUCCUGUACAAGUGACAGUAUUAAUAAAAGACUUCAUCAUCAAAAUCAUCAUCCUCAGCAACAAUCGCCUCCGCAGGCUCAUGUACAAUCACCGAAUUCCACAAACACAGGAACUAAUUCAUCUGUUAUAAACACAAACAGUGCUAGUAAUAACAAUAACAGAGUUAAUGGAUUUACGCCAACCAGUUCCGGUACGGAGCCCGAGUCUCCCGAUGCGUCAGGAAGCCCUCAGUCCGUCCCGUCACCAGGGAGCCAGGGGUCACCUGAUUCGGCGUGUUCAAAAGAACAAGGGGGGCAGCCCGUUAUUUAUCCCUGGAUGAGAAAGUCACAGAGCGGCAAUGCCACAAGUGGGAACUCAGGCUCUACCAACUCAAUAUUAUCCGAGACGAAAAGAAACAGAACGGCUUACACACGGCAUCAAAUACUGGAACUGGAAAAAGAAUUUCAUUUCAACAGAUAUCUUACUAGAAGGAGGCGUAUAGAAAUUGCCCAUUCGCUCGUGUUAUCAGAACGUCAAAUCAAAAUUUGGUUUCAAAACCGAAGAAUGAAGUGGAAAAAAGAGCACAAACUUCCAAACACUAAAACCAGACUUAUGGACACAAGCAAUGUUGGUCAUUUCGACCCAAACAGCUUCUUAGCCAUGCAUCAAAUUGGGCAUCACAUGGGCAUGAUGCACCCGGAUCUUGGUGGGAUGUGAGAUGAUACUGCAACUCCUUUCACGGUUGAAUGGUUUUUGUAGUAACAGAGUACAUUGAGAACAGAAUUCCUCGUGUUUUUCAGUAUUGAUAACAUUGAUGUUCAAAAUGCCGAUCUGUUACCAAUAAAAGCAGGGAAAUAUCUAAAAUAAACAUGGCCCUGGCUAUUGGAGAUGUAUCGCAGAUAUAUUCAAAAUAGAGUGAAAUAGAUAAGCUGCGCUGUUAGAAGAUGAAAGUUGGGCGAUGGUAUAUACGGAGGUCAUGAUCUAAAACUGAAAACUAAAUUUAAUUAAAUCGUAUUGCAGAACUUGACUGCGUUUUUAUAACUACACACUGGCUCUUGUUUUACUCGUGAUGCCCACAAGAUAGAAAAGAUGACGUAAUCAGAAAAUACUGAAAUAGCUUGCCGGAUUUUUCAUAUUAAUUUUAAAAAACUGCUUUAGACGAAAGCCGUUUUUUUUCAUACUUACAUCGUGAAAUCCUUAAAGAGUGUUCACCUAUUUUUCAUUUCACAUUUAUGACUUCUCUUAAAAUAUUGAGAUGUGAAAAAAUGGAAGUGUUUUAUAAAUAACUAGUUUUCGUGUAUGUUCAUUUAGACAUUUUAAAUUAGACAUUGUUUUGAAAUUGGAAGCACUCAAAGGUAUGUUGUGAACGGUACUCAUUGUUUGUGUUUGCUUGUACAUUGCAUAGAUAUCUUAUUUAUAUUUCAUGCUAAUACCAAAGGAGAUUUUCAAACUUGCAUUGUUUUAGACUUAUAAAAACACUAAACAAUCCACAAAGAUAAUUGUUUUAAAAAUCAUUCCGGCAUUUCUUACAACGCCAUAAAAAGGACAAUGCAGAUUAACAGCACCCGAAACAUUUGUUAUGUUUAAAACACUGAUUGAAUUAAUGUACGUUCUUUAUGUGGUCUAAAACAAUGCAUGUUUGUUUCACAAAACCAAUUAUAUCAUAAAUUUGUGUAUAAAAUGGAAUUAUAUUCUUCGAGUUAUUGUUACGAGCAAGUUUUGCUCAUAGCAAAUCUGAAUAAAUUGUUGUAAAAUUUGAA